UUGAAAGAGGGAAAUUUAAAAGUGGACAUUGUUAAGAGUAAACAGACAAGCGACAAAAAAAAAAGAACUUACAAAAGAAGAGUGAAAUAUGAAUGCAGAAUAAAAAUAUUUAUCUGGGGUAAGGUAGGCUAAAGGAAGAACAUUUCUUAGUUUUCGCUGUGACGGAGGGUUUGGCUCUUCACUAUUUCGAAUAGGCAGGUCGACAAAGGUUGGAUAGAAAUCAUGAGGAGGAAGUCAAGAAGGUUAAGGGACGCUGACAAGUCCAGCAAACAGGAAGAUUGCUGUGCUCUGUGCAGAUGCAAUGAUGAUGACCCGGCCUUAUUUGGGGAAAAGGUCAAACUCACAGAGCACAAAUUCUCUGUCCAUUACUUCUGUUUGCUGACGUCUAGCGGAGUUUACCAGCGAGGUGAAGAGAACGAGGGUGUGUUUGGUUUCCUGGUGGAUGACAUCAAACAGGAGGUCAGGAGGGCAGCUCGGAUGACAUGCUAUGGUUGUAAGAAGAAGGGCGCAUGUGUUGGCUGCAAUGUCAGUAACUGCAGGAGGGUGGUGCACUUCCCCUGUGGGAGGAAGCUGAUGUUCAUCACACAGUACAACGACAUAUUCCCGUCUUACUGUCAGGAUCACAGUCCAACCCAGUCUCUCUGCAUAGACUCAGACUUCAGUCUUCCUCAGUCCUGCUCAAUAUGUCUAGACUCUAUUGAGCCUGUCUUGUCCUACUCUGUCCUCAAGUGUCCAUCCUGCCAUGCCAGCUGGUUCCACAGAGACUGUGUGCAGCAUCAGGCUCACAGCGCGGGACUCUUCUUCUUCAGAUGUACUCUCUGUAACAACAAGGAGAACUUCCAACAAGAGAUGGUCAGAAUGGGAAUAUACAUCCCAGAAAGAGAUGCAUCGUGGGAACUGGAGGCAAAUGCAUACUCUGAGCUUCUGGAGGUUUACAAUCACUGUGACUCUGUUACCUGCCUCUGCAACAAGGGGCGCACAUACUCUAAGAAGGGGUGGUUCGAAGUGAUCCGAUGCUGCCUUUGUGGAUCCAGAGGAACCCACAGGAAAUGUUCAGAUCUGAAGCUGGACACCACAGACUGGGCCUGCAUCGACUGCAUAAAUGCAACGGAUGGGAAAGCUUCUCUGGUUGCAUCACCUCAUAACCACCAGAAGAGAAGCUUACUGUCCAAGCGCCAUGUGACCUCCAUGCCCUCUCCCCUUGGCUGUAAAAGACCGUGUAUUCGUGUAAGACCUGAGUCACCCGAGGAGGUCCUACGAUCUUUACUUCCUCACUCUUGUCCUGUCAGCGCCCAGGUGGAGGUCCAUAGAGACCAGGCUCUAUUGGCUGGCCUGGACCUGGUCAGAAGGACUGACUUUGACCCCACACACUCUCUGUCUGUCAGGUUCAAAGAUGAGCAGCUCCUGACCCUGCCCAGCGCUCACUGUGCUGGAGACGCAACCAGAAAGUACUUCCUGAAUCUGCUGAUGCAGCAGAUCCAGAACUCUGUGGUGUUUGAGGGCCCGAGCGGAUCCAAAAACCUGUCGCUGGACUCCCAGGCUCUGCGUGAGGAUCUGUACUUUGACAUAGGCUCUCUGUUGGCUCUCUGUCUGGUCCACGGUGGUCCACCUAUUAGCUUUUUCUCCUACGGUCUCUACCAGUGUCUGUUUAACUACCCAUCCAACUGCCCCCUCAGUUUGAGCCACAUGACCCCUGAAACACAUUUCACCCAGCAAGUCCACCGGAUUGCAGCAGCCAAGUCUCUAGAUGAGCUGAAGGCAGUGAUGAAAGCGAACUGGGAGUUCCUGGAGCUGGCAGGCUGUAAUAGACCGGUCAGCAGUCUGGAUGAGAGAGAGGCUCUGGUGGAAGAUCUGGUCAACUUCACCAUGAUCACCAGGAUGCAGCUGCCUCUGCAGAGGUUACGAGAAGGCCUGCACACACUGGGUGUAUUUGAUCAGGUUCAGCUCUUCCCAUCCGUCUUCUUCGGUGUUUUCUGUGAUAGCAGAGAAGCGAUGACAGCCGAGAGGCUCAGCCGGCUCUUUACCAUAAACUUAUCCGAACAGCAGGAGACACAGAACCUAGAGACGCCUAUUGUCUCCUUCUGGAGACACCUCCUUCUGGAGUGUGAGGUUGGAAGGAGCUCCAUUUCCCUUCAGGACGUCCUUCGCUUUGUCACUGGAGCAGAUGAGCUUCCAGCAGUGGGCCUCCACCCACCUCCCACCAUUUCUUUCCUCCACCAUGUCAAGCCGGAGGAGCAGAUGGAGAAUGCAGUGGAAAGGUGGGACGACGGGCUUUUCCCUCAGAGCAAACCAGCGACCAACCACCUCCUCCUGCCUGUUACUUCCACCUACAAGGCCUUUAAAAGCUCCAUGGAGCAGGCCAUCAGCCAUCAUGUGCACCUGUUCCCUUCAGACUCUUAGAUGUGGACAAAGAGACGAGACGGUCUGUUUUUCAUUCUGUGGACUUUUCACUAAUAAAUAAACUAUAUUAUUUUCUAAAGUUGUUCAAUUUUUUCCCCUCAGUGUCCCAAAGACACUGCAUAUAAUCUUUAGCAUAAUGAUCAUAUUUUGGUUCAAAACAAAAACAAUUCCUUUCAGAUUUGAUCAUCUUAAACUCAGUUUGAUGAGGUCUUAAAUCUAUGAGUAGGAGUGGGUUUAUUAUGGUCAUGUUUCUCCAUUUUCUGUCAAUUCAACUUUCUUUCAAUAUCAAGAAGACAUGAUAUUGCCAUAAUUAUGUGAAAUAUUGUGAUGACAGUAUCAGUUGUGAUUAACCUUCUCUCUAAGAUGUGUACCAGAGAGGGUGUUAAAAAAAUAUAUAAUAUAGCCUACCAAAUGCAGUAUCCAAGCAACCAACUGGAAAACCGUUUUCUGUGAACAGACAACCCUCAUCUGAAAAACGGCUUUAGUUUUGUUUUUAUUUUUGUCAAAAUUAGAGUAGAAUUCGACAUUCACAUCUCUAGUAUGAUUGUCAGGAAGCUGUUUUUAAAUGAUUGUCUUUUGGGGGUAAAAUUGGAUUUAAAAAUAGAUUCAGUAAAAAAAACCUUCACAAACAUCUAGGGAUCUAUUGCAAAAAAAGCUUUUUGUUUGAACUGUUUUUAUAUAAUGAUGUUCCCUCAAACUUAAGAUUUGUUCAGAAUAAGGUGUUUUCAUAGCAUUAAUGAACUGAAUUAACUUUUAUUACUGGCUUUACUGUUUCAGUUGUACUGCAUGAGCAGCAAUACGGAACUGAGGACUGGAUUUUAUCACCAUCUAUUUUUGGAUUUUUGUGCUUCCACCUCUGAAUCAUGUCAUGUUUCAGAUUUUAAUUCUGUUAGUUUUUUUUAUUUUUCUGCAACACUUUUUUCUCUUGUGAUUUGUACAGUGCUUACUUUAUAUAUGCUUUAAAAUUAGUUGGUUGUUUCCUCGUGUU